AUGGAUUCCAUUUUAGGAAAAGACCUUACUAAUAAUACUAUUGCACGUUAAUUCAAGUUAAUCAAGAAAAUUGGAUCUGGUGCAUUUGGAGAAAUAUACUUGGUCCAAUCUCAAUCCAAAUCUGAAUAUGCCAUGAAACUGGAAAGGAGUGAUAACAAACAUCCGUAAAUAUUCUUUGAAGCUAAACUAUACAAUUACCUUUAAGGAUAGGAUCAAUAUGAUAAAGGUAAGUUUAUUAUGUAAUUCAAAGGAAGGCAUUCCAAAAAUUCAUGAUUAAGGAGUGGACGGUGAUUAUAAUUACAUCGUCAUGGAUCUCUUGGGACCAUCCCUCGAAGAGUUAUUUAACAAAAAUCAUAGGAAACUAUCACUCAAAUCAGUUCUGAUGUUGGCAGAUUAGUUAAUCUAGAGAAUCGAAUACAUUCAUUCAAAAUAAUUUCUCCAUCGGGAUAUCAAACCUGACAAUUUCUUAGUCGGAGUUGGCAGCAAAAGUUCAAGACUCUAUGUUGUCGAUUUCGGGUUGGCCAAAAGGUACAUAACCAAAGAAGGACACAUUCCAUAUAAAGAAGGGAAAAGUUUAACUGGAACUGCCAGAUAUGCAUCCAUUAAUACACAUGUUGGAUUAGAAUAAUCGAGAAGGGAUGACUUAGAAUCUCUUGGCUAUGUCUUAAUGUAUUUAUUAAGAGGGCAAUUACCAUGGCAAAACAUGAAAGCCUCCAAUCAAAAAGAGAAAUAUUAAAAAAUUAUGGAAAAAAAGCAAGAAACAACUCCUGAAUAGUUGUGUAAGGGGUUUCCCAGUGAAUUAACUCAAUUUCUAUCAUAUUGCAGAAAUUUGAAGUUUGAAGACAAACCAGAUUAUAACUACAUUAGGAAUCUAUUUAGAGUAUUAAAAUAUUUGAUUGUUUUUAGGAAGCCUUUAGAAAACAAGGUUUUGAAUGGGAUUAUAAAUUCGAAUGGAUUAAAGAUGAAAUUAUAAAGGAGGAGAAAUUCAUAGGAGUAGCCAUCCCCCAAAAAACAGCAGACAUACCAGCCACUACUAAACAAAGCAAUUUCUAAACCAUAAGAGCUCCCUUACUCAUGCAGUAUUAAUCUAGGUUGUCCUAAUAAGCAUCUUAAGAGAAAAAAAGAAACUCUUCCUAUAGUAAGAAUAAUAAUCAUUAAAACAAAUAAAUGACUGGACUUCUGGCACCUAAAAUUAAUACCAACAAAGAUAGAACUAGAAAAUAUUGA